AUGUCAUUCUCGUUCGGAUUCUCCUCGAAGGACUUCAGUGAUGAUGAAAUUGAUAAUGACGGUCUGCUUGCUGGUUCAGAAGCCGUUUCUCCAGCUUCUUCAGUCAACCCGUUAGACGAUGGCCGUUUGCUUGGAAAGGACGUUGUUCAGCCCCAGUGGCAAAACCUGAAGGCAGUCCUUGACAGUCUGAAAGAUGUGAGAGUGUCCUUCGAGCAGUUCCCGACUCCCAGGAACUCCACGGUGCUGUACAGAAGGGAACUGUUCGAUGUUAAGCAUCAACUCAUGAGCGAAGCUGGCGACGGCGACGAGGAUAGCGUAGAGUUAGAUAUUCUGAUGGGCGAGACGUCUGAAGACUUAAGGAAAAACGUCUACGAAGGUGGCCUCAAGUCUUGGGAAUGCUCUAUUGACGUGGUUGAUUACCUGAGUGAGCUCAAGAGUGGAUUAGAAGAUAUUGAUUGUGUCUUAGAGCUGGGCUGCGGGACGGCUCUACCGACCGAAUACAUUUACUCGAUGUUUCUGCAACUGCAGCCUACGACAGAUCUCACAUUCAUUCUUUCGGAUUACAACAGGAGUGUUUUGAGACUCGUUACGAUUCCCAACCUUAUCAUCACUUGGGCAAAAGUUGUUCUAAGCGAAGAUCAAUACUCCCAGCUGCAAAAAUGCAACGACGAAACAAUCCCAGUGAGAUCCGACGAGCUGCUUCUAACGCAACAGCUUUUGGAUGCGUUUUAUCACGACAUGCAAGCAAGAAAGAUAAGGAUCAACCUGAUGUCGGGCACUUGGGGCCGCUCUUUCACUAAUUUACUGGCACCCACACUGAACGCUCACAGCGGCAUACUUGCCAUUACGUCGGAAACAAUCUACCAGCCAGAAAACCUGCCAGUGGUAGCAGAAACACUCCUAGACGUCAUACUGGCCAAUAAGGGCUCCAAAGUUAAAGCUCUAGUGGCCGCUAAGAACAUCUACUUCGGCGUCGGUGGAAGCAUGAUGGAAUUUGAGAAGUACUUGCAGAAAAGAAUACAACAAGACUGCCUGCCCAUUAUAUAUCACACUCAGAAAGUGGAUGCAGGCCUAAAGAGAUCGAUAAUGUUUAUAGAAUAG